UUUUGACUUUAUAAUCCUUGAUUUUUUUUUACAAUAAUUGACAAUUGCUUUUAUUUAAAUGAUAUUUUUGAAAAUAAUUUUGAAGAAAAAAAGCAGCCCUUUAAAUGGCAGAAAAACCAAAUUGCAGUGAAACUCCCAGUAACAAUCAGCCCGCCAGACGAAGGACUCACAAGUUAUCAGUACUUUCAAGUGUUCUUAAAACUCAAACAUCUUCAAUUCAGCACAGGGCAUGCCCAAAAAUAAAGAAUAAACCAUCAGGAGGAGGAGGAAUAAGGAUGUUUUUUAUAAAAGCCUUAAUCGGCGGUGGAGCAAUUUAUGGCAGUUCGUUGUUGGGUGUAUGGGGUGAAGCAGAAGAAAGUGUGAAAGCAUAUUCCAAAAUUAAAGCAGCUAUUUGCCAAAUUGAUAAUGAGAAAUUCAUACCAGACGAUGUGAAGACUGACUUGCUUGAUAAAAUGAAUAGAUCUACCGCAUUUCUUAAAGAUCAUCUCACGACCCUACCUCAAGAAAUGAAGAGCUAUUAUGAAAAAUCAGAGAAAUACAUCAACGACUUGAUAAAAGGAACAAAACCAUAAAUAGUAAUUUUAUAAAUUUGGACAAAAUACAAAAACGAAUUUGGAAACCUCUUUCAAAUAAAACUUGGAUUUAAAAGACUGAUUUUGGAGAGAA